GAAAUCUAUUUUCCCCCUAAAUGUUCUAAAGAAAGCAGAGCUCUUGCAUGCUUGCCAAUGACCUGGAAAGCUCAGUGCUCGUCAGAGUAGUUAUUCUUGGCUCCAUCUUUAAAAAACACAGAAACUAUACCAUGAGAGAGAACGGAACGCUGUCCAGGGUCUCACGGAGCGGCCCCGAGGCCCUGGCUUCCUGGACGUGAACGUGCAGGGUUGAGUCACCCCUCAGCCACGACUCUCGGCACAAGGCCCUCUGGCUGCAGUGGGGGCCUGGCCUCACUCAGAGAGGCCUCCGAGCUGCUCUUUCCCUUCUAGCCCUUACGAAAGUGGAAAGUGGCAGAGUCCUAUUUCCAAGGCUGACUUUACGACUGAAGGAAGACGCAAACUUGGCCAGAAUCGUGAGGGCCACAGACUCCUCUGAAGAGUGGAAAGACAUGACUGGACCAUUGUUUGACCAGAUGGUCGGGGAGCCGCUUAAGAAAAGGGGUGUCUGCAGGAGAAUCGCCCAGGGUCAGAGGCAAAGCGAGCGGGGCAGCGGCCUCGGAGGCGAGGGGGAACCCUUGCGCUGGCGGCCAGUGGCUCUGCAGCCUCAGCUGAGCAGCUGCUCUCUCCGAACCUCAGUUAGCUCCGCUGUGAAAUGAGCACUGAUCACUCUGCCCAAACCUGCUGGAUUCAAGGAGAAAAUGGACAGGAAAGGGUUAACGGACCAUUGAUAUUAGAUGCCGGACAAAUAAUUAUCAUAGUAACCAAUAUCCCGCCACCUCCAGUGAGAAUGAAGGCAGAAGAGGGGCUUAACUUCCCCACGUAUGAUGGGAAGGACCGAGUCGUAAGUCUUUCUGAGAAGAACUUCAAGCAGAUUUUGAAGAAAUACGAUGUGCUCUGCCUCUACUACCAUGAGCCGGUGUCUUCAGAUAAAGUCUCGCAAAAACAGUUCCAGCUGAAAGAAAUUGUGCUCGAGCUUGUGGCCCAGAUCCUGGAACAUAAAGACAUAGGCUUUGUGAUGGUGGAUUCCAAGAAAGAAGCCAGGCUUGCCAAGAAACUGGGUUUUAAUGAAGAAGGAAGCCUGUACAUUCUUAAGGGUGAUCGCACAAUUGAGUUUGAUGGCGAGUUUGCAGCUGAUGUUUUAGUGGAGUUUCUUUUGGAUCUCAUUGAAGACCCAGUGGAGAUCAUUAACACCAAACUGGAAGUCCAAGCCUUUGAACGCAUAGAGGACCAGACAAAGCUCAUCGGCUUUUUCAAGAGUGAGGACUCGGAAUAUUACAAGGCUUUUGAAGAGGCAUCUGAACAUUUCCAGCCUUACAUCAAAUUUUUUGCCACCUUUGACAAAGGGGUUGCAAAGAAAUUGUCCUUGAAGAUCAAUGAGGUUGACUUCUAUGAGCCAUUUAUGGAUGAGCCCAUUGCCAUCCCUGACAAACCUUACACAGAGGAGGAGAUCGUGGAGUUUGUGAAGGAACACCAAAGACCCACUCUACGUCGCCUACGCCCAGAAGACAUGUUUGAAACAUGGACCACGGGAGAAGAUGACAUAAAUGGGAUCCACAUUGUGGCGUUUGCAGAGAAGAGUGACCCAGAUGGCUACGAGUUCCUAGAGAUCCUGAAACAGGUUGCCCGGGACAACACCGACAACCCCGACCUGAGCAUCCUGUGGAUCGACCCGGAUGACUUUCCUCUGCUCAUUGCCUACUGGGAGAAGACCUUCAAGAUUGACCUAUUCAGGCCACAGAUUGGGGUGGUGAAUGUGACAGAUGCUGACAGUGUCUGGAUGGAUAUUCCAGAUGACGAUGACCUGCCCACAGCCGAGGAGCUGGAAGACUGGAUUGAGGAUGUGCUUUCUGGAAAGAUAAACACUGAAGAUGAUGACAAUGGAGAUGAAGAUGAUGACGAUGAUGACAAUGAUGAUGAUGACAAUGAUAAUUCUGAUGAAGAGGAUAAUGAUGACAGUGAUGAUGAGGAUGAAUAGCCCCAACUCCAGAUGAUUCUGAUGAAAACAAAAUCACAGCUACCCACUCUCAUACAGAUAAUCGCACAAGGCGGUGGCAAGCAGCCCUGCCCCACGCCCAGCCAGCUCCUUUCCCUUUUCUAUCAGCUCCUUUCCCUCUCCCUUCUCAUCAGAAGCUGUACCAUUCAGCACAUGCCUUUCCACAUCCAGCAAUCCCGCAGCAGGGACAGGAGGGGAAUUAUUCCCAUGUUGACUGUCUUCACUGUCAUGGGACAGCCCUUGCUCUUUGCCAUACCAUCAGGGGUCAUGGCAGUGCUGGAAUCUAGCAGCCUGGGGAGAACAAUCCCCUAACACAAGUUUACUUGUUGCCUUUGGCUAUGACAGUAACAGAAUUGGCAGCUUGCUAACUCACGAGCAUGCAGUAAGCUUAUAACCAGAGCCCAGGAAGACGCAUGAGUAAUCAGUUUAGCCCCCCUACACCUAGAACGUCAGUGGGGAUCCCUCCUCAAGCCAAGAGGAUCCCUCUGAGGGAAGGCUCAGCCUUAGAAACACAUUUAUAAAUCAGCUACUCUAGGCUUUAUUAAAAUUAUUAUUUCAAGUGCAGGUCAGACCAUUAAGAACUCGGAUCCAAGCCUUGGAUGGGUAUUGAAAGGCCUUGACACAUGUGUACAGGUGUCAGCGUCAUUUCUAGUAUAUUGGGCUACUGGGAUGGGAGAUUAAUUUGUUCUCUGAACUUUUCUCUAAGUGGCAGGUCUCACAUAAUUCAUCACUGGCAGUGGGGGUGGGGUGGGAGGUAUGAAACUGGAAGGAUUAAAGAUUUAAAAUUUUUUUUAUGGGUUCAUGUCUCUGAUGGGUUCAUGUCUCUGAUGAGGUCAGCUGGCUGCCUGGCCCGAGCUGGGAUCUGAAUACCCCUUCUCUGUUGCUGCUGGUGAGACUUCCCACUUAGAGCAAAGGUUGCUUUAUACAGCGGUCAAUUAACUCUCCAUUCAUCAGCACUCCCACAGUUGACCAGGGCAACGAUAAUUGGAGUUCAUAAUGAUGCCCCGAAGCACUCAAAAAAAAUAUCCCAAAGUGCCUUCCAAGCUGUCUAAAGUUAUGUUGUGCUUGGUAGUUUUAGCACAUUAAGUGUGCAGUAUAAAGUUCUUAUUUAUUUUCUCAAUCUUUUAACACACGUGUAAGACACUGGGAAAAUUUUUUGAAAAUAGAACAAUCCUUUUGUGGAAUAGUAGUUAACUAACUCUGUCAUUAAACUCAUAUUUUGAAAAUAUUCAAA